CUCCAAAGUAGCCACCACCUCACCUCCCCACACCACCUCUCCUCUUCUCAUCCACACAUCGCUGCGCCACCUGCCAACAUGAUUGCCACUCGACUCCUCCCACGACUCUCCGCUGCUAAGCCCGCAGCAAGCGCCUUUGCAUCCUCCUCGCGCCUCCCUACCAGCAGCCGUGCCUUUUCAUCCUCGGCCAUUUCGCUGGCCAACACCCUCCUCUACCUCGAGCACCGCAAGGGGACCCUCAACCCGUCUUCCCUCGUAGCCCUCACCGCAGCAAAGAAGGUCGGUGGUGACAUCCACGCCUUUGUCGCCGGCGACGAGGGCGUCAAGGACGUAGCCGACAAGGCUUCCAAGGUCGAGGGUGUCUCCAAGAUCUUCACCUCCGAGUCCCCAAAGUACAAGGGCUUGCACUCAGAGCCCAUCGUCCCCGUCCUCAAGUCCCUCGUAGAGAAGAACUCAUACACACACGUCUUUGCUGGACACACUGCCAUCGGCAAGGACGUCAUCCCUCGCCUUGCCGCACUCCUCGACGUCAGCCAGGUAUCAGACAUCAUCGCCGUCGAGUCGGAGGACACCUUCCAGCGACCCAUCUAUGCAGGUAACGCCAUUGCUACCGUCAAGUCGUCGGACAAGAUCAAGAUCAUCACGGUGCGUGGAACUGCAUUCGACAAGGCCGCUGAGGAGGGUGGCAGCGCCUCCAUCGAGGAGGUCUCAGAUGCCGAGGCCGCCGACGCACCAACUACCUUUGUAGAGGAGAAGAUCAACCAGUCCUCUCGCCCUGACCUCGCGACUGCUCCUCGUGUCGUAUCAGGCGGCCGAGCUCUCAAGUCGGCCGAUGGCUUCAAGAAGUACAUCGAGCCACUCGCCGACCAGCUCAACGCUGCCGUAGGCGCCUCUCGUGCAGCAGUCGACGCCGGGUACGCGGACAAUGCACUCCAGGUCGGACAGACGGGAAAGAUUAUCGCUCCUGAGCUGUACGUUGCUGUCGGAAUCAGUGGAGCCAUUCAGCAUUUGGCGGGCAUGAAGGACGCCAAGACGAUCAGUGCCAUCAACAAGGACCCGGAUGCGCCCAUCUUCCAGGUAGCGGAUGUGGGACUGGUAGCAGACCUGUACGAGGCUGUGCCUGAGAUGAUGGAGAAGCUGAAGAAGUAGGCGUGCCGUGUUAGCAACGCUUGACAUGUACAUUUCCUGAUAUCGUCGCACGACUAUGCUCCCGUGCUAAUGGAUAGCUGUGAC